AUGGAGCACGGGAGGGACGAAAAUCAAUCGCUUUCCUACUCCAAUCUCUUCAAUCUCGAGUCUUUGAUGAACUUCAAAGUCCCACAACCAGAUGAUGAUUUUGAUUAUUAUGGGAAUAGUAGUCAGGAUGAGAGCAGAGGUAGCCAAGGCGGGGCAAUGGCAAAGUAUGGCAACGGGAGCGCAACUGAGAAGGAACUGAGUUCGGGGAAGCGAAGGAAGCUGGCUGCUGACAGUGAGGGUGAGGAGGAAGAUAGAUCUUACGGUGGCACUCGUAUUACAGAGGAGCGUUAUAGAUCAAUGUUAGGAGAACACAUUAAAAAGUACAAGAGGAGGUUUAAGGGCUCUCCUAGUCCCGCACCUCCUCCAGCUCCUUCUCCCGCUCCUCCUCGAACAGGAGUCAUCCCGAAGACCAAUAUGGGUAGUUCAAAAACCAGGAAGUUAGGAAACGAGCAGCGAGGAUAUGUUCAUGAUAUGGAUGUGACAUCUGAAUGGCAGAAUGAGACCACAACAGCAAAGCGUGGGGACUCUCGUGGCCCAGAUUGUACACCCAAAAUCUUUUAUGAGCCUGCUUAUGUAGAUAUUGGGGAUGGUAUAACCUAUAGGAUUCCUCCUUCUUAUGACAAGCUGGCUACAUCCUUGAAUUUGCCAAGCUUCUCAGACAUCCAGGUGGAGGAAUUUUAUCUGAAAAGUACGCUUGAUUUGGGGUCUUUGGACCAAAUGGUGGCAAAUGAUAGAAGGAUCGGGUCCAAAAACCAAGCUGGGAUGGGAGAUCCGUACCCCAAGUAUGAAUCUCUUCAGGCGAGAUUGAAGGCAUUGGCAGCAUCUAAUUCCAUGCCAAAGUUCAACCUUAAGAUAUCCGAGGAAGCUUUGAAGUCUGCCAUUCCUGAGGGGGCAGCUGGAAAUAUACCACGUUCUAUCUUGUCAGAUGCUGGCUUGUUGCAGGUUUAUUAUGUUAAAGUUUUAGAGAAAGGAGACACUUAUGAGAUCAUUGAGCGGAGUUUGCCAAAGAAACCAAAGUUAAUUAAAGAUCCUACUUUGAUAGAGAGGGAGGAAAUGGACAAGAUUGGGAAGGCUUGGGCAAACAUUGUAAGAAGGGACAUUAAUAGACAUUAUAAGAGUUUCAGUGCGUUUCAUCGUAAACAACAAUGUGAUGCGAAGAGGAUGUCAGAGAACUGUCAAAGAGAGGUGAAGGCGAAGGUUACUAGGUCACUCAAACUUAUGAGGACUGCAGCACUUCGAACUAGGAAGUUGGCCAGAGAUAUGUUGCUUUUCUGGAAGCGAGUAGAUAAGGAGAUGGCGGAGGUAAGGAAAAAGGAGGAAAAGGAAGCUGCAGAAGCUUUAAAGCGUGAACAAGAGCUCCGAGAAGCAAAGAGACAGCAGCAACGCCUUAAUUUUCUCAUACAGCAAACCGAGCUGUACAGACAUUUCAUGCAGAACAAGCAAAGUUCUCAGUCAUCUGAACCUUUGUCUCUGGGGGAUGAGAAACUGGAUGCAGAACAAUUGGGUUUAAGCUCUUCAGAAGUCGAACCUGCUGAAGAAACUCCAGAGGAUGCUGAACUGAGAAAAGAAGCUUUGAAGGCUGCUCAAGAUGCAGUUUCUAAGCAGAAAAGUUUGACAAAUGCUUUUGAUAGUGAAUGUUCUAGGCUGAGAGAAGCUGCAGAUAUUGAAGGAGUGCCGACUGAUGACUCAGUGGCAGGAGCUGGCAAAAUAGAUUUACAUAACCCCUCCACCAUGCCCGUUACAUCGACCGUUCAGACGCCGAAACUCUUCAAUGGGAGUCUAAAAGAAUAUCAGCUGAAGGGUCUGCAGUGGCUUGUUAAUUGUUAUGAGCAGGGUUUAAAUGGUAUACUGGCAGAUGAGAUGGGCCUGGGGAAGACUAUUCAAGCAAUGGCUUUCUUAGCUCAUCUGGCUGAGGAAAAAAAUAUAUGGGGUCCCUUUCUGGUUGUUGCGCCGGCUUCAGUCUUGAACAAUUGGGCUGAUGAAAUUAGCCGUUUUUGCCCCGACUUGAAAACUAUACCUUACUGGGGAGGUCUCCAGGAGCGUACUAUACUUAGGAAGAACAUCAAUCCCAAGCGGCUUUAUCGUAGAGAUGCAGGAUUUCACAUUCUCAUUACCAGCUAUCAACUACUUGUGCUGGAUGAGAAGUAUUUUCGCCGUGUGAAGUGGCAAUACAUGGUAUUAGAUGAAGCACAGGCUAUUAAAAGCUCUACCAGCAUAAGAUGGAAGACACUUCUCAGUUUUAAUUGCCGUAAUCGCCUACUUCUUACCGGCACGCCUAUCCAGAACAGUAUGGCAGAAUUGUGGGCGCUUCUGCAUUUCAUAAUGCCGACGUUGUUCGACAGCCAUGAACAGUUCAAUGAGUGGUUUUCUAAAGGAAUUGAAAACCAAGCAGAACGUGGUGGAACGGUGAACGAGCACCAGCUUAACAGAUUGCAUGCAAUUUUGAAGCCCUUUAUGCUACGUAGACUUAAAUCAGAUGUGAUUCAAGAGCUAACUAGGAAAACAGAGGUUACAGUUCACUGUAAGUUGAGCUCAAGACAACAAGCCUUCUAUCAAGCUAUAAAGAAUAAGAUAUCUCUGUCAGAGUUGUUCGAUGGCUCACGGGGAUAUAUUAAUGAGAAGAAGCUGAUGAAUUUGAUGAACAUAGUGAUUCAACUCCGGAAGGUGUGUAACCAUCCAGAGUUGUUUGAGAGGAAUGAGGGAAGCUCAUAUCUCUAUUUUGGACACCUUCCAAAUACCCUUCUACCUCCUCCAUUUGGUGAGUUGGAUGAUGUACACUAUCCAGGUGGCCAGAAUCCUAUUACGUACAAGAUACCAAAACUAAUCAAUGAGGAGACUGGUCAAAGCUCGAGGGUGCUUUGUUCGACCGUAACUCGUGGUGUCUACAGAGAAUUAUUUCUCAAACAAUUUAAUAUAUUCUCUCCUGAAAAUGUUCAUGGUUCUGGGACAUUUGGUUUUACCCGUAUGAUUGAUUUGUCCCCCUCUGAAGUUUCUUUUCUGGCUACUGGCUCGCUUAUGGAGAAACUUUUGUUUUCUAUGGUGAGAUGGGAUCGUCAAUCUCUAGAUGAAACCCUCGACCUUAUGAUGGAAGAGUUGGAUAAUGAUCCACAAUGCAGUAGGCUAGAAGCAGGAAAAGUAAGAGCUGUAACACGGAUGUUACUAAUGCCAUCUCGAUCUCGGGCUAGUCUACUAAGAAGGAAACUUCCAACAGGACUUGUUGAUGCUCCGUUUGAGGCUUUGGUAGUCUCUCAUCAAGACAGGCUUUUGUCUAAUGUUAAAGUCCUUCAUUCAACAUACACUUUCAUCCCCAAAAGUCGAGCUCCACCGAUUCCCGCCCUGUGCUCAGAUAGGAAUUUUGCGUACAAGAUGGUUGAAGAACUUCAUCACCCUUGGCUAAAGAGGUUGUUGAUUGGGUUUGCUCGCACAUCUGAACUUAACGGUCCCAGAAAACCAAUAGGACCACAUCCUUUGAUAGAAGAGAUUGAUUCUGAACUACCAGUUUCACAACCCGCUCUUCAAAUUGUGCACGAUAUUUUUGGUUCAUGCCCUCCCAUGCAGAGCUUUGACCCUGCCAAGCUACUCACGGAUUCUGGAAAGCUGCAGACGCUCGAUAUAUUGCUGAAACGCUUGCGUGCAGAGAACCAUCGAGUUUUAUUGUUUGCACAAAUGACAAAGAUGUUGAAUAUUCUUGAGGACUACAUGAACUAUAGGAAGUAUAGGUACCUAAGACUGGAUGGCUCAUCCACCAUUAUGGACCGCCGGGACAUGGUCAGAGACUUCCAGGAUAGGAACGAUAUUUUUGUGUUCCUCUUGAGUACAAGAGCUGGUGGAGUGGGUAUUAAUUUGACUGCUGCGGACACUGUUAUCUUCUAUGAAAAUGAUUGGAAUCCAACCUUAGAUUUACAAGCAAUGGACCGAGCUCAUCGGUUAGGCCAGACAAGAGAUGUGACUGUCUACCGCCUCAUCUGUAAAGAGACAAUCGAAGAGAAAAUACUGCAACGAGCGAGCCAGAAGAACACCGUCCAGCAACUUGUCAUGACUGGUGGUCAUGUGCAGGGUGAUCUCUUAGCUCCUGAAGAUGUCGUGUCUUUGCUUCUGGACGAUGCUCAGCUAGAGCAGAAACUAAGAGAAACUCCUCUGCAGACUAAAGAGAAACAAAAGAAGAAAGCUUCAAAGGCUAUACUGCUCGACGCUGAAGGUGAUGCCACGCUGGAAGAUCUGAACGAAAUUGCAGCAGCCCAGGCUGCAGCUGCGGUAGCCCAGGCUGCUGCUGCUGCAGCUGAGCCUUCUCAAGAUGCCGACAAAUCUAAACCCAGUAGCAGCAAAAAGAGGAAAGCCCCCACGAGUGAUAAGCAGCAGACGACUCCUCGAUCCAGGCCAAGAAACCCAGCAAGGACGACAGCAGGGUCAGGUUCCUCCCCAUACAUAGAUGACGACCUGGAUGGUUCGGAUCCACCAUCAGAAAGAGGCAGUAAGCGGCCAAAGAGACCUAAGAAGAGUGUAAACGAUACCCUCGAACCAGCAUUUGUAGCAGCUUCCCCUAGAGUCGAUUCCGCAGGAGCGCAUAGUCAGUAUCCAGCAACCACGGAACUCGGUCCAACCUAA